AUGGCGCGUCUAGGCCGCGUUGGGUUCCUCGCCCUAGCGGUGGUCUUCCACUUGAUCUAUACAUACUCAAUUUUCGAUAUUUACUUUGUUAGCCCCAUUGUGAGUGGCAUGCAAUCAUAUGGCGUUGAACGACCCGCCGGUACCAGUGCUCCAGCUCAACGAUUGGUCCUCUUCGUCGCCGAUGGCCUGCGCGCCGACAAGGCCUUCCAGGCAUUCCCCGACCCAUCCCCCGAGAACGACGCCGAACCAAGCGACGAGUUGAUCCGAUUAUCACCAUUCAUUCGCUCCAGGGUUCUUUCGCAUGGAACCUUUGGCGUCUCCCAUACCCGUGUCCCCACCGAAUCACGACCAGGACAUGUUGCGCUCAUUGCGGGCCUGUACGAGGACGUCUCGGCAGUUACAACAGGGUGGAAGCUGAACCCGGUCAACUUCGAUAGUGUGUUCAACCAGAGUCGCCACACAUGGAGUUGGGGAAGCCCGGAUAUUUUGCCCAUGUUCAAGGAGGGUGCUGAACCAGGUCGGGUCGAUGCGGAUACAUACAGUGAGGAGGAAGAGGACUUUAGUGUGGAUGCAUCCCACUUGGAUACCUGGGUAUUUGACAAAGUACAUGCGCUAUUUGAGUCUGCUAAAAGCGACCCUGAAUUGGAUCAAAAGCUGCGUCAGGACAAGGUGGUCUUCUUCCUGCAUUUGCUGGGCCUUGAUACCACUGGUCACGCAUUCCGACCAUAUUCCAAGGAAUACCUCAGUAAUAUCAAGUUGGUGGAUCGCGGUGUUCAGGCAGUGACACAGUUGGUGGAGGAGUUCUAUGCGGACGACAAGACCGCAUUCGUCUUCACUGCUGACCAUGGCAUGAGCGAUUUGGGCAGUCACGGCGACGGUCAUCCAGAUAACACGCGGACUCCUCUUGUCGCGUGGGGCUCCGGAGUCGCCAAACCGCUAACCAAUAUCCCAGGGGCUAUGACCGGACAUGAAGAUGGGUUCUCAUCGGAUUGGGGAUUUGACAAUGUCCGACGACACGAUGUAGACCAGGCCGAUGUUGCCGCUCUCAUGGCCUACCUUGUGGGUGUUGACUAUCCGGUCAACUCUGUCGGUCAGCUCCCAUUGUCCUAUCUCGAUGGCAGCCCCGAAGAGAAGGCUUUAGCCGCACUUGCAAACACUCGAGGAGUGCUCGAGAUGUAUCAGGUCAAAGAAAAACAAAAGAGAGAGGCUCUGCUCCGCUAUGUGCCUUUCCAGCCUCUUUCUGGAGAUGGCGAGACUUCAAUUGAAGGACGUUUCGCCAAUAUGGAGGUGCUUAUAUCUAAGGGUGAUUAUGAAGAUUCAAUUGCCCUAUCUUCUGAGCUGCUAGUAUCGGGACUUGAAGGUCUGCGCUAUCUGCAGACUUACGACUGGCUGUUCCUGCGGAACAUCGUGACUCUCGGGUAUCUGGGCUGGAUUGCCUAUUCUCUGACCACCGUUAUUGACUUGCAUGUUCUCCAUGGAACGUCCGACUCCCACCGGACUACGGCUAGCAUUUCAUUCUUUUCAUCUAUCUUGGUGGCUUUGUUCUCUGUGUUCUUGUACCAGGGUUCAUCAUGGCGUUACUAUUUCUACGGAUUUUUCCCAGUCUAUUUCUGGGAAGAAGUCUUUGCCCGCAGAAAGGCUCUCAUUGCCGGCCGCGAAAUUGUUCUUGGUCACGUCCGCUCAUUCGGCGGCUAUGUGACCUUCGGAGUGCAGCUCUUGGCGUUCCUUGGUGUAUUGGAGGCACUCGUCCAGGCUUAUUUCUAUCGGGAAAUCCUAACCGUCUGCUUUGCCUUGGGUGCCCUCUGGCCUUUGGCGUACGGGUUUGGUUUUAUCCGCAACCAUGCCUUCCUGACUACGGCAUGGGUUCUCGGAUGUUCUCUCAUGAGCAUUUUCCCUAUCUUGCCCGUCAGCAAAAUGGAGGACAUUGAUACCAUUACCUAUGGCGGUCUUCUGAUGUUCUUUACUGGUGUUCUAUACUUGAUUUUUGAAGAUUCUAUCCUUGGAAAAAGCAGCGCUGCACCCAAAAGCCCCGCAGCAGUCAGUACCCACGGUUCACGAAUCAUCGUGGGCACUCAAGUUGGUUUGGUUCUUCUUGCCUUGCUUGUCACUCGAUCAAGCGUGUCCUUCCUUCAGGCUCGCCAAGGCUUGCCCUUGGGUAACCAAGUUGUUGGCUGGGGAGUGUUAGCUACCUCUGUUGCUCUGCCAUUCUUGCAUCGGCUGUAUCCUAAUAGUCACUACUUGCACCGCCUCCUGGUCAUCUUCCUGACUUUCUCACCCGCCUUUAUCAUUUUGACCAUUGCAUGGGAGGGCUUAUUCUACUUUGUAUUCUGCAUGACCCUGGUCACCUGGGUCCGCCUCGAACACGCUAUCUACGUCCACACUGGAUCCAAGGCGGCCAAGUCGUCGAAGUCUAAUGAAACCGGCCCGAUCGCCACCGCGACAGUUGAUGGUCAAACAUACCGCUACCGCGCCCUUACCAUCUCCGAUGCACGCGUGGCACUCUUCUUCUUUUUCCUGCUACAAUCAGCGUUUUUCAGCACUGGAAAUGUGGCAUCUCUGUCCACUUUCACCCUAGAGAGUGUUCGCCGACUCAUCCCUGUCUUUGCGCCCUUUAGCCAAGGAGCGCUUCUCCUCUUUCAAAUCCUCAUCCCCUUCGCCAUUAUCAGUGCUAACCUGGGCAUUCUCAACCGCCGACUGGAAGUUGGGCCUAGUGCACUGUUCAUGAUUGUCAUGUCCAUCUCGGACGUUAUGACACUGAACUUCUUCUAUCUGGUGCGCGACGAGGGCUCCUGGCUGGAUAUCGGCAUGACCAUCAGCCAUUACUGCAUUGCCAGUGUCUUGUGCAUCUUCGUUGCAGGACUUGAAUUCCUGAGCGAGCAGUUUGUGAGUGGCGUGAAAUUUGAUUCUGCCGCCGCUGCUGUGGUGCAGGUUGUCAGCGAAACUGCUGAGUGUGGCCACGAGCCCGAACCUGAACCCAAGGUGCAACAGGUGCAGCAAGCGAAGCCCAAAGGCAAGGGAAAGAAGAACCGGAAGGCUCAGUAA